GAGUCGAGCUGAGCUGAGCAGGGCAGGGGUGGGGGGACAGACGCAGGGCUCCGUACUCUGUGAUGUGCAGUAAAUGGGAUUAACCCGCUCAGACAGCUCUGGGAAACGCUAAUAGUAGUAGUAGUAGAGGAAAGGGAAGAAGGGAGGGGGGGGUGGAAGCCCCGCGUAAAAGCUGCGCCGCAUGUGCAAAACUUGCGCUCCGUAGGAGAGAAAACAAGCCCCCCCUUCCAAAAUCAGACGCUAACAAACAGACCCGGGUCCAGACUUGCAACAGCCGUCCGGACCAAACUCUAGCUCUCCUCUCACACAUGCCUGGGUUGAUGUGGAGAAGAGGGAGGCAGCGGACCUGGGAGCAUGCUUGAAUCAUCUCACUGAAAGUUGCAGGAAAAGAAAGACCCAAUUGAUCAUCUUGCUUUUUGGUGGGAACCAAACCAAUGGAGGGACAAGCGGGCGAGCUGCACGGCAGCGAGGACGUGCGCAAGAGCGGCUACCUCCGCAAGCAGAAGUCCAUGCACCGGCGCUACUUCGUGCUGCGCGCCGCCUCGGAGCGCGGUCCGGCCCGCUUGGAGUACUACGAGAGUGAGAAGAAGUUCCGCGGUAAGGCCCCCAUCCCGAAGAAGGCGGUGGCACUGGAGACGUGCUUCAACAUCAAUAAGCGGGCCGACUCCAAGAACAGGCACAUGAUCGUGCUCUACACCCGGGCGGAGAGCUUCGUCGUGGCCGCGGAGAACGAGGAGGACCAACACCAGUGGUUCCAGGCCAUGGUGGAGCUGCAGUGCAAAAGUAAAAAUCCCAAUGACUGCGCGGCUUCAGAGGACUACGGAGCGCCAAAUCCGGGACCUGCGUUCAAAGAAGUUUGGCAGGUGAAGGUGUGGCCCAAAGGCCUGGGUCAGGCCAAGAACCUGGUGGGCAUCUAUCGCCUUUGCCUUACCGACAAGACGGUCAACUUUGUGAAGUUGAACUCCGACGCGGCCGCUGUGGUGCUUCAGCUGAUGAACGUCAGGCGCUGCGGACAUUCAGAAAACUUUUUCUUCAUCGAGGUGGGACGGUCUGCUGUGACGGGCCCUGGCGAGUUUUGGAUGCAGGUGGAGGAUUCUGUGGUGGCCCAGAACAUGCAUGAAACCUUGCUAGAAGCCAUGAAAGCCUUGAGCGAGGAGUUCCGCCAGCGCAGCAAGUCUCAGUCAAGCUCUGGUCCUGGAGGAGGUGCCACAGCUUCCAACCCCAUCAGCGUUCCUUCGCGCCGCCACCACCCCAACCCCCCUCCCAGCCAGGUGGGCUUUCUCCGCCGUCCCCGAACUGAGCCUUCCUUAGGCGCUAAUGUUGGAGCAGUGGUGGGCAGUUCCAGUGCCUCUCCCACACCUCGACACAGCUUCCCAAGGUCACGUACUGCCAGUGAUGGUGGGAAAUGUGAGGAAGGGAUUGCAGGUUCCACUCUGCUCCACAGUGUUAACUCCAAUCCUUCUACCAACGGCUCCUGCUCUACCACCCCAAUCCUCAGGUCAAAGUCAGCCCGCUCAGUCCCGACCACAGCUGCUAAAACACCUUUUGGGUUGAUGCGCUCCAUCUCAACCCCAGCCCCAUCCCCAUCACCAGCCCAAAGUCUUUCGUCCAGCUCUGGGCUCGGAUCGGAGAUUGGAGGAAUCACAUCUGUUGGGACUGUUCCAGGGUCUGCUACUUAUACUCAUGUACCCUCUCAUCAUACCUCAGUCUCGUGCUCACCCAGUGAUUACGGCUCCUCAGAUGAGUAUGAUUCCAGUCCUGGGGAUCACACGGUUCUUGCCUCUCCGAGCCUGCCAAGAAACUCUGUUGGCAGCACUGGCAACCAGUCCCUUGGCGAGGAUGGAGCAAACUACAUCCUAAUGGACCAACGCAGUGGGAGCAGCGUUGGCGUCAGCAACAGCAAUAAAGGCAACAUGACAUCCAGCUCCCAGCUUGUGCCAGGAAAACCAACUAAUGGCUCACUGCCCCAGACUAGGAGGGUGCUGCGUCGUUCAUCUAGCCGUGAAUGUGAAGCUGAACGUAGGCUUCUGAGCAAACGUGCCUCUUUGCCUCCUAUGGCGCUGGAAAGACUGGCUCCAAAUCAGCGCAGAGCUGAGGAACCUGCAGAUGAAGAUUCAGCUGAUUAUGCUAUUAUGUCGAGGAGCACCAGUCGGGAAUCCUUUGCAUCUAGUUGCUCAUCUACUCAAAAGGAAUCAACCAUGGGCUCUUCUGUAGGGGGAGGAGGGUACUUGGAUGUAGCAGGAGAGUUAAAAACUGUUGGUGGUCCAGGAGCGGUUGCUGGUGUGGACAAUGGGUAUAUGUCCAUGCUACCAGGAGUCACCCAGCCUCCUGUUUCCUCGUGUCAAACAGUGACCUUUUCUGUUCCAGAAUCAGAUUCCAAACCUGUUGAUGACUAUAUGGCCAUGACCCCCAACAACAGCGUGUCUCCACCGCAGCAGAUUCAUCCCCUGCCGAUGUCUGACGGCUAUAUGAUAAUGUCACCCAACAGCAGCUGCUCCCCUGACCAGCGUGGAAGCCUCUCUGAGGGGGCUUGGGUUGGCAGCGCCGACAGCAGGGUCGGCAGUGACUACAUGAACAUGUCUCCAAUUAGUGCACCUUCUGUAAAUGGCAGCCCCCCAUCCAGUGAGCACACCUGCCAUUUGGAGACCAGUUUGCAACACCAGCCCCCAAAGAUGGUGUAUUCUUACUACUCCCUUCCGAGGUCAUACAAACAUAACCCCACUUCUGGGCUUUUUGAUGACGGGCCCGGACGAGGUAGACGUCCCAAUGGGAGGUGUAGCAGGGGAGGGGGCGAUGGUAGAAACUCGGGGGUGCAUCAAGAGCAGGCAACUGGCAGUUCAGGGGCUGGACAGCAUCAGUCACUGUCUUCGUCCUCAUACUCCUCCAGCUCAGCUAGCAAUGAGAGUCUUGGAGAGAGUGAUGAUAGGAUUAACCAGGCGUUGGGUAAUGUGACAAGUGGAUCUCAAUCCAAAGAUGGCAGCAAGAUUGCUCACAGGCGGGGCUCUGGUGGGUUAACAAAGCAAGGUAGCCACUUUAGAAGCAGACCAGUAAGCCUGUUUGUAGACGUAUCUAAGGCUAACACUCUUCCUAGGGUUCGUGAGAACCCUCAGCUCCCAGAACCUAAGAGCCCUGGAGAAUAUGUAAGCAUUGAAUUCAAGGGGGAGCAGUGCAGCCGCACUGGGGUUGGAGCUGGGCGAGGCAGAGGACUAAGACAUGGAUCCUUCUUGAAUCAUGGCUUAAGUUACCAGCAUCCUCAAAACAGACCAAGUUUUUCUGUAGAAAACUUUAUCCCCCUCUCUCAUAGUCCCUCCACCCCCGUCUCUCCAGCCACUGCCUCAGAGUACGUCAACAUGGACCUUGGCCCUUCACCAUCCCCUUCACCCCAUUCCAACACCCAGUUGGUUUUCCCACCUUUCCACACCCCUCCCACACCUCCAGCUGUUGCUCACACCCCUAAAACCUGUAAGGAAGGUACUGCUGGUCCAUGUGAAGGAGCUGUUGAAGCUGCUGAGCCUCCUCUUAGGAAAAGCAGAGAAAGUGUUCUCUCAGUAACUGAGUCAGAAUCUCCUACAUCCUGUGGGGACUACACAGAAAUGGCCUUCAGCUUGAACAACAACACUGCCCCUCAGUCAUCUCCAAGCGUCUCCCCCAAAGUCCCCAUAAGAACAGAUCCUUCUGUUUCAGUGCUCUCUCGGGGUCUAGACUUUCCUUUAGGUAAAUCAGGACUGAACCCAGAUCAGGGUGCUAAAGUAAUUCGUGCUGACCCUCAAGGACGCAGGCGGCACUGCUCAGAAACCUUCGUGGCCACACCCUCCUUGUCAACCUCUGCUUCUACGUCUUCUUCAACUGCCUCCCUCUUUCCAGAGCACACCCAAGCUGUGGCACGGCGCCUCGGGUUCGAGAGCCUGCUGUGGGCGAACGGUGCCAUCGCCGAUCCUCCAACUCAACUUCCACUCCCUGCACAGCAGUCACUUCCUACAAACAAUCAGACAUUAUCCACAGAGCAAGGUCUGAACUACAUAGACUUGGACUUGGUCAACAAAGAGAGUCCCCACGCUAGUCUGGAAGGUGCCACAGGAAGCCAGCCCCAAUCUCGGCUGUAUUCUGUUCUUGGUCCAGGAUCUGGGGUUGGGGUAACGGGGGCAGCGGCUGGUGGGAGCAGCAGUUCAAGCCUCAACACGUACGCCAGCAUCGACUUCUACAAAUCCGAGGAGCUACGGACACAUCAGAAUGGGAACAAAGAGGAAACAGAGUGCUGAUGUCAGUGAUUCAUCCUUGGAGAGACAAUCUGGUACCACUCAAAGCGCUUCAAUGCUCCACCUUUUCCUCCUGUGACAGCCAAUCGCAUGGAGAGAGCUGCUGGAUUGGACGCAACUCUGAAGCACUUUGAUAUAAACUGAUGGAAAACUUUUUUUUUUUCUCCUCGCUUUCAUCCGGUUGGUUGAGCAAACCAACAGGGAUGUGUGCCAAAUGAUUAUAUAUAUAUAUAUAUAUAUAUAUAUUCUUAUAAAGCUAUUUGCUGCUCUCAUUUACUGAACUGAAAGCCAAUUGGAGGACGGUACAGAAUGGAGACUAGUGUGUGGAUCUUUUUUGUUUGUUUGUUUCUUUUUAUUCUAAACCUCUAAUCACAAAAGCAUACAAAUGUGGCUAACUGGUAUGUAAAAAAAGAAAAAAAAAAAAAAAGAAAAUAUAUCGAAAUACACAGCUGCUCAAAAAGUGCCUCAUUUUUAGAUUGUUGCCAUUUUAAAUGCUAAAGCUUUGGGUUAUGUUGUUUCAUUCUUGAGUUGAGGUAAUUACAGUAUAAUUACAGCAGAAGGUGCCAAUAAAGAUCAGAAGGAUUUUAUUUAAUCACCAAUGCGUUCAUGUCAUAUAGGAUCAAUGUAAGAGGUUGGAAAGUUCUGUGGCUGUGUAGAUUACUGAGGAUUACUUGAGCGUUAACAACAGAUCUAAUAGACAAAAUAUUUAUGGUCUCUAUAAUUAGAAACAGCCCUGUUUUCAGCAAAUACGCCAUGUAAAAUCCCACACAUAGACAGCAGUACAUCUGCUCUGGUUUAGUGAAAUGAAUAUACAAAUCACAAAUGAAUGUAUUCAUAUAUAUAUAUAUAUAUAUAUAUAUAUAUAUAUAUAUAUAUAUGACCGCUUCAAUACAGCAAACCGUUGAUUCCAAAUAUUUAUAGAAUAUAAUAUGUAUAAUAUAAUAACUUUUCCGACCUAUAUGUUACAUAACUGAUGUAAAAAUUGUCCUAUAUUAUGCAAACUAAAUACUUGUUUAGGAGCAGUGGAUAAACAGACUUUUAGAAAGUAUAUUUUCUUAACUGUAUGUCAUAUAAUCUUCUUAACCCUCCUGCAGUCCUGGCUAAGUGCUAGUACAGAGCAAGGCAUAUGUCACAAGAGGCGCCAGAAACAACUGCACGCGGGGUUGCUCUGACCCCCGCAGGACCCAAAAUUUAGGGCAGUGGUUGGAAAUGUGAUGUGGAGGGCUCCCUGUAGCCCAGCAUGUAGGAAAACCACAAAAGAGAGAGGGGAAAACUUGAGUAGCGCACCCCUCCAGGACUGCAGGAGGGUUAGACAUUUCUAAGUAAAAUGUGCUUAGGUCAGAGCAUUUUAUGAAAUAAAUCACAUCUAUUUCUUAAAGAAUAUAAUUCAAGUACAUACUAACGAUGAUAACUAAUCACCUUUAAUUAAGAAACUCAGGGCUUUAUUUAAUUUUUAUUGAGAUAUUAAUGGUUUUAGGUGAGAAAAAGAUUCUGGAAUGACGCAUCAAGGCACGACGGCUGACGUACCAACUGGCCCCUUAAAAAUGGCAAGCCAUGCGCAAAUGACACUUUUACAACCCGUAUAGAGGAAAAUGAUGUAGACAUCUCAGUUUAAAGCUGACAAAAAUCCUGCCAGAACACCAUAAGAUAUGUCAGCACCUCCUUCUGAGCACUGCUUCAUCUAGUCAACAUUGGUUUUACAUCACAUAGAUAUACAAUGAAUACCAGUUUAUGAGGGGUGUCAGUAGUGGCCAUCAAUGAAUAGAAAGAAGGGCCUUUUUCCACAUAAUCUCACAAUACCAAUUUUUAGCACUGUUGGGUUGCCAUACUUUCCCACGCAUUGGACAAGCAGCGAAGUGCACCAAGAUGACAAAAAUUACAAGAGUUUACUGAUAGUUGUAAUAGCUGAAAUGAGGAGUGGCCAGACCCUGCUGUGAGGGAAAUUAAGAGGUGCAUUGCUUGGCACACACACAUGCGGCCAAUGUGAUUUGUCUGCCCAAGUCCUUGAAACUGAACUUCUUAGAGUUCUUUAUAACUUUAUAACUUGGAAUUUAUCAAUAAACCCUAUUAUUUUGGUUAGGUGUGUGAACAUGAAGAUGUUUUUUUAAGUCACAAUUCAACAAAGUAAGAAAGUUUCCACAACAGCUCCAAUAUGACAUGAACGCAGAGUCCUUUUGUAAAAAAAAGAAACGAAAAAAAAGUGUUGAAAAAGAUAUUUUUUUAAAGAUGUAAACAGUACUAGCAACCUGCUAGCCUUCUUUCCUACUGUGAGAAAUAGUGGCAAAGCUGCCAUUAGCUCUGCUAAUUGACGUGUUGCAUUGAAAUGUUUUUUCUUUUUCUCCUAACUUCUAUUUUUUAUUUGUUUACUUUCAUUUUUGCUGUUCAGUGAGCCAUAAACAAAAGUGUUCAAAUCCACAGGCUUGAAAGAAAAUGGUACUUGUAGCAGGGAGUAGAGCAGCUUGUUUGCUAGCUUAAAAGCUAGCUGGCUCAGAUUAGCAUAUUAGGCGCCCAGGACGUAAAUUCUCUGUUCUGCUGACCACAGCCAGGGUUAGACCCCCUGAUAUAGAGCCACACAAUCCCAUUAGUGCUGUUAGCUUCGGACACUUAAUCCCGUUCGUCUCAGGAUGCUAAAUAACAAACAGUACACAGAGCCGAGGACAGUGUUGCUAUCAAUAGCCAUGAUUAUGGUAGAUUUGUAUGGUCAGCAAAUAUUGAUUUUAGCACCUGUAAAUGGACAAGUUCUCAUUUUGCUUUCACAUAUAUCAGACAGCUAAUUUGUUCUCAGUUGUUAGUGUACAGCACCAAACUUUUAGGACGUUUCAUUUCUUGGUUUGUCUUUUUAACUGAUCAAAGUGAAAGUUCUUUAGCCUCUAAAUCCUCCUUAACGACUCUUUGUUUCUAUCGCCUUCCUUUCCUGUCUUUGGCUCUUUAAUCUUCACUGUGCAUAAGCACUUAAGUGCCUGUCCUAUUUCUUUAUCUGUCUGUCUUUUUCUGUCUCUCUGCCCCAUUUUAGCACAUAGCACUAACACGUGUCAUAGCAUAAUAUAACAUGUCUAUUUUUGUGUCUAUUUCUUGGCUGUACAGUUUUGGCAGUGUAACUCGCUUCAGUUUGUUUGUUGUAAAAGUCAUCUAUCAGCAGUCAUGGUCUUGAUCUCAGGACCUGAGGACUUGAUUAUCACAUUGUCAUCAGUGCCAAAACACAGCAGCAACAAAACUGUGCUCUCUGACACCACCUCAAGAAACGACUUUUAGCUCUCAAGGCCGGAACAUUUUGCUUUGUUUUAUGAUUGAGAUGUAAUUUUUGUUUUUGCAUUCUCUCGCUGUUUUGAUGGGAGGCCACUCUGGCAUAUCUCUCCUCACAGUCAACUUAUGAUACUCUCUGAGAUAAAGGUCAUUGUGGAAGACUUGUGUACGCUUUAACCUUGAAUUUGCCUUUGAUUUCAACUGGUGGCUGUUUAAACAAUGUAUGGAGAGAAGGAAAUGGCCACCAUGGAGAGCUACGACAUAAGUCAGAAUACAGAUGUUUAGCUGUUUAGCAUUAAGAAAUAUACACUGCCUUUCUAAAUUAUUCAUACCAAUUGAGGUUUUUUAGAUAUUUUGUUUUUGUCAUAACUACUAACUUCCAUGUAUUUCAAAGGGAAUUUAUGUGACAGACCAAUGCAAAAUAAUGCAUAACUGUGAAGUUAAAGAAAAAAUAUAGUUUAAAAGUUUUUUUUCGCAAAUGAAUUUUGAGAAGCAUAAAUGUGUUUUCAGCCCUGUAAGGGAAAGCUUAGAGCAGUCUUUUGGAUCAGCCAGCUUUGCACGUCUCGAGACUAAACUUUUUGCCCAUUCUUCUUUGCAAAAUAACUCAACUUUAGUCAGAUUGGAUGGAGAAAUUCUAUGUGCAUACGUUUUCAAGUGUUGCCACAGAUUCUCCAUUGGAUUACAUAAAAUACAUGGAUAUGCUUUAAUUUUAACUGUUGUAGCUCUGGCUGUAUGUUUAUGGUCGUUUUCCUGCUUGAAGGUAAACCUCCACCUCCGUCCCAAGUCUUGCUACAUAUGACAUGUUUUCUUCCAGCGUUGUCCUGUAUUUAACUCAGUCUUCAAAUCAGUUCAAAUCAGCUUCACUGUCCCUGCUAAAGAAAAGCAUCCCCACAGCAUGAUGCUUCCACCACUAUGUUCCACAAUGCUCUGUCGCAGUGUUUGUUUCUACCACACUCUGAUAUGAAAUUACACACAAUGCCUUUAUUUACAAUUCAGUGACUUCUAAAGACAGUUAGCUUCACUGGAUUUGAUUUAUGGGUAUUGGAGUAAAGAUAUAUGAAUAUAAAUGCAUCAUUUCACUUGUUAAUAACAUGCUACUUUGUGUUGGUCUACCACAUGGAAUCCAAGUUAAACACAUUGAAGUUUGCAGUUGUAAUAUGAAAUGUAAAAAAAUGAAGGGGUGUGAAUAGUUUUUCAAGGCACUGUAGCUCAUUUGUUUGUCUGCCUAGUUUGGGAAGUUCAUGGACCUUCUCAGUCUAGUCACGUGAUUUUUCAGGCUCUGCAGAUUAACAAUGCAGCUUUAUUAUGAGCUGAUUGGGAUCUGUGGUUGGAAAUUGCUCGUAAUAAUUCAGGAGUGGAAAUAAACAGUUGGGUCUUGAAGUCAGACGCAACAAAUUAUUCCAGAAAGUCGGCUUUCCAGCAAACCUACAGGCAAACAGAUGAGCCUAAACUGUAAUGUAUUUUGGAGAUGUUCUCAUAGUGUGACGCUGCAAUUUCAGCCAAAUGUUUCAAUGUGUUUUUUUAGCUUGGAGAAAAAGUAAACAGAUUGGCUUUCAAACCAGACAAUUAGGCUUAAUAAUGCUGCCCUUCAGAGAGCCGUUCAUGGCUUAAGCUGUUUUCAACUGCUUCUACUUUGUCAAACUGCCUGCAUUUCCUGGCAGCUGCCUGUGGCAAAGUUCUCAACGGUAGCACGGUUCAUGUCAUGAAUUAUGGCAGAGCUCCGGCAGAGGAAGAGGUGUGGGUGGUCAGUUUAAGUGGCUGUAUGAUUUCACUCAUUGCAUUGUUAGCAUAUUUUUUUUAUUUUUGUUAGAUAUUCUGAUGUGCAGAAAAAUGGUGUUGCUUGGUCUAAAAUGUUUUAUCUGCUCCUGCUGCAACCCCUGAGGGAUGGUACUGAAUGGAAAUGUUGUUAAAAUUUACCAUUGAUGUAGAGUGUUUUACUUUUGUUGCUUGAGGGAAAAAAUUACUUAAAAGAGAAACAAAAAGUCA